ACGAUCCGAACGAUUUAGGAUUUUAUUGGGUGUGGUUUAUACACCUAGCAUAUAUAGAGACCAACCCUGCUUCUGUGCUACCCAUCAGCUUUCGAAUUUCAUCCCGUGUUUCUUGAUCUUUCGCUUAUCACGAAACCAGCAAAACGAUCCGAUUUUUUUGAGCCAGAACGUAGUGCGCUGAAGAUCUGGUUUGAUCAACGGAAUCGAUUUGCGCAUCAGAUGUUCUGAUUUUCAUUAGGUUGCUCUCGAUCUUUGGGCUUUUGCUGUUUCUGAGUUUUGAUAGAAAAGAAUCUGACGGAGAGGCUAGGGACUGGAGUGGAAUGUGAUUUGCAUGGGUGACGAUGCCAGAGUUGCGUAGUGGAGCAAGGAGAUCAAAAAGGCUAGGUGAUCUCCAGCCUGCCCCCCAAGCCGCAACCGGACAAGAGGAGAAUUUGGUAUUACCUGCACCAACUAGAACUAGAAGGAGAGGCGGCGGUGGUGGAAGGGGAAGAGGUAAUGCAACAGCUGUAGCAAAAGGGCCUUCAACAGGAGUUCGUGGGAGGCCAGCUACUGCUGCUGGUAGAGGCAGGGGGGCAAGGUUGAUAGAUUUAGACCCCGAGCCACAUUGUGAGGCACCUGAAGCUGUUGCAGUUGGGGUCCAACCUGCUAUCAAUAGAAUUGAAGACGUCCCAAAUAAAGAUAUUGCAAUGGAAGGUGGCAGCGCAGAUAAAAUAGUGGGAGUUGAAGAAGAAGGAAAUACAACUCCUGUUCCUGAGAGGGUGCAAGUUGGCAAUUCUCCUCAAUACAAGACAGAAAGGAAGUUGGGUAAGGGUGGGUUUGGCCAAGUUUAUGUUGGUAGGAAAAUAAGUGGUGGUACGGAAAGAACAGGACCAGAUGCAGUUGAGGUUGCGUUGAAGUUUGAACACCGAAAUAGCAAGGGUUGCAACUAUGGCCCUCCGUAUGAGUGGCAGGUGUACAACACUCUGAAUGGAUGCUAUGGAAUUCCAUGGGUUCACUACAAGGGCCGCCAGGGUGAUUUUUAUAUUUUGGUAAUGGACAUGCUUGGACCAAGUCUUUGGGAUGUUUGGAAUUCUUUAGGGCAAUCGAUGUCACCUAAUAUGGUUGCCUGCAUUGCUGUUGAGGCAAUAUCAAUUCUUGAAAAGCUUCACUUAAAGGGGUUCGUGCACGGAGAUGUGAAACCCGAAAACUUUUUACUAGGUCAGCCUGGAACAGCUGAAGAGAAGAAGCUGUAUCUUAUUGAUCUUGGAUUGGCUUCGAGGUGGAAAGAUUCAGCAUCUGGUCAGCAUGUAGAAUAUGAUCAGAGGCCUGAUAUAUUCAGGGGGACAAUAAGAUAUGCAAGUGUGCAUGCACAUUUAGGUCGGACGGGAAGUAGAAGGGAUGACCUUGAGUCACUGGCGUACACAUUAAUUUUUCUCAUUAAGGGAAGGUUACCAUGGCAAGGUUAUCAGGGGGAUAACAAGAGUUUCCUUGUCUGCAAAAAGAAGAUGGCUACCUCUCCAGAGUUGAUGUGCUGUUUUUGUCCAGCACCAUUCAAACAGUUUCUUGAAGCUGUAACAAAUAUGAAGUUCGAUGAAGAACCAAAUUAUGCAAAGCUUAUAUCUUUCUUUGACAGUCUAAUUGAACCAUGCACAUCCCUUAGGCCAAUAAGAAUUGAUGGAGCUCUUAAGGUUGGGCAGAAGCGUGGCAGGCUGCUCAUAAACUUGGAGGAAGAGGAACAACCAAGGAAGAAAGUACGGCUAGGCAGUCCUGCAAACCAGUGGAUUUCAGUGUACAAUGCACGCCGCCCCAUGAAGCAGAGAUACCACUACAAUGUUGCAGACACUAGGCUGAGUCAGCAUGUAGAAAAGGGAAAUGAAGAUGGGUUAUUUAUUAGCUGUGUGGCUUCUGCAGCAAACCUUUGGGCCCUAAUAAUGGAUGCUGGAACAGGUUUCACUUCCCAAGUUUAUGAUCUUUCAGCGGUUUUCCUUCAUAAGGAUUGGAUAAUGGAACAGUGGGAAAAAAACUAUUAUAUUAGCUCAAUAGCGGGUGCAAAUAAUGGAAGUUCAUUGGUAGUUAUGUCAAAAGGAACUCCUUACACUCAGCAAUCUUACAAGGUUAGUGAAUCUUUUCCGUUCAAAUGGAUAAACAAGAAAUGGAAAGAAGGGUUUCAUGUAACAUCCAUGACUACUGCUGGGAGUCGUUGGGGUGUUGUGAUGUCCAGGAAUGCUGGCUUUUCUGAACAGGUCGUUGAGCUUGACUUUCUGUACCCAAGUGAGGGAAUUCAUAGACGGUGGGAGAGUGGGUACAGAAUAACAUCUAUGGCUGCCACUGGCGAUCAAGCAGCUCUCAUAUUGAGUAUCCCGAGACGCAAAGUGAUGGAUGAAACUCAGGAGACCCUCCGCACUUCUGCUUUUCCAAGUACACACGUUAAGGAAAAGUGGUCAAAAAAUCUCUACAUUGCCUCUAUAUGCUAUGGAAGAACCGUGUGCUGAACGGUCGGUCGCCCAACGGAAAAAGUUUCUUUUGAAGGCAGGAAUGAAUUCCUGCAUGUGUUAGUUAGUGGUGGGGUUGCAAAUUUCCAUCCCUUGUGAUGUAUUAAUGGUAAAACUGUAGAGGUUAUUCAGUCAGAAGGGUGCUUUCUUUACCUGAAUGGGAUUGCCAUCAGUUGCCAUAGACACAAAAAACUGAUUGGUCUUGGCUGCAUCCAUUAGUGGCCAAGAUUGUAUAAGCUUUCCAUGUACUCUCCCUUUCGUUUUUUGUGUAAAAAUACAUAAUUGAAUCUCUCUUUUUUCUUUUCUUGACAACAUUCUAAUCUUUUAGUAUUUCACGUGGGUGAAAUUAUCCAAAGUAGCCGUUCUUUUUUCUACCCCU